UCCGCCCACAAAGAAUUCAUAGAAUAGUGGGGAAAGAGACGAGUUCUCACUUCUGAUAUCCAUUAGACCAUGACCACUAUAUGUAUAGAUUUAUAUUUAGGAAAUGUAUAACCUUUUGAUCAAAUGAUAUUUAAGGAAGAGCCAUAACAGGGAGCAAUUGAAAUCCCUAUAUCUCUACGGCGCCCUGUGUGUUGCCCAGCAUGUUCAAUUAAUAAUCGGCAGUGUCGUAACAGCAUCACCAAAGCUGCAUCUCUUUGAGGGGGGCUGUCUCUGCGCUUAACAGUAUUGAAUGGCCGGCUUUUUUUUUUUUUUAAUAAGGCGGGACUUCAUGCUGUAAAGACACGCUUUAGCCCAAUCGUAGUGUAGAGUUCCUUGGACAGGCAGCAAGGUGAGCCGAUGAGAAAGCAGCAGCAGAUUCUGUAGGACGGACGUCGCUGAUGGUUUCUCAGCUCCAGAGGUGGAUGCAGCAAUAAGAACAGAGUGAAGAAAACAUGGACAACCAAUAUAAUUCCAUUAGCAAGCCUGCUUGCAAUGGAAUUUCAAUGCCUGAAAAGAAAAUCAACUCCUUGGUGGCUGAAGGCCAUGGCCAGCAAAUCUUAAAUGUACUACAGAGCUUUCGAGAUCAAAAUAUCUAUUUUGACUUUAAAAUACUCGUGAAAGAUGAAAUAAUUCCAUGUCAUCGUUGUGUACUAGCAGCAUGCAGCGACUUUUUCAGGGCCAUGUUUGAAGUUAACAUGAAAGAAAGAGACGAUGGGAGUGUUACUAUUAGUAAUUUAUCACCCAAGGCAAUGAAGGCUUUUCUAGAUUAUGCCUACACUGGAAGAACUGAGAUAACAAAUGAUAACGUAGAAAUGUUUUUCCAGCUGUCAUCCUUUCUUCAAGUUUCACUUCUUUCAAAAGCUUGCAGUGACUUUCUAAUUAAGAACAUUGAUCUUGUCAACUGUUUGCAACUGUUAUCUAUUUCUGAAAGUUACGGUUCUGCUCAGUUGUUUGAUCAUACACUCGGGUAUGCACAAGAGCAUUUUUCCUUCUUGCUCCAAUCUAACGAUUUCCUGGAAAUGAAUUUUGAGAUAUUACAAAAAUGUCUAGAAGCUGAUGAGCUGAAUGUCCCGGAUGAGGAGUCUGUUAUGAAAGCUGUCUUUCGGUGGACAAAGCAUAAUGUAGAAACAAGACAGAAGCAUCUUCCUCACUUGAUGAAAAAAGUGAGAUUACAUCAGUUAUCUGAGAAGACACUGCAGGACAUUUUAUACUCUGAAGAACAGUUGCUUGCAAGCACUGGCUGCUCAGUAAUAAUCAAUGAAGCAAUUAAAAAUGUGCAAACUUUUAGCGGUCUGUUUCCAGACCCUCGCCCUUCAACAACUGAGAAGUAUAUCCUGGUUCACAAAACGGAGGAAAAUGGAGUACAUCGACAUACAUUUUGCUAUAAUAUUAAAACUGAUAAAUGGAAAGAACUCACACACACGCACAUCAUGGAUCUGCCUGGAUCAAGUUUAUCUAGUUAUGGUGAAAAAAAUUUUAUAACCGGUGGUUGCAAAGGGAACUGUUUCCGGACUAUUAGACUUCAUAUCGCUGAAACAUUUCACGAUGCCACUGACCAAACCUGGUGUUAUUGCCCAGCAAAUGAUAGCUUUUCAUUGGUAUCUGAUAUGAAGAAGCCAAGGACAAUGCACACAUCUGUUGUGACCCUAAAUCAACUGUUCGUAAUAGGGGGAAGGACAAGGGCAUCUCAGGAUAUCAGAAGUCUUCUGGAUGUGGAGGCAUACAGUCCUUUGUCAAAAGAAUGGAAAUCUGUGAGUCCGUUACCAAGAGGCAUCUACUAUCCCGAAGCAAGUGCAUGUCAGAAUAUAAUUUAUGUGCUUGGUUCAGAAGUAGAAAUUACUGAUGCUUUUAAUCCAUCUCUUGAUUGUUUCUUUAAGUAUAAUGCUGCAACCAAUCAGUGGUCUGAGCUGGUCGCAGAAUUUGGGCAGUUCUUUCACGCAACGUUAAUCAAAGCUGUUCCCGUGAACUGUACAUUAUACAUCUGUGACCUUUCCACCUACAAAGUUUAUAGUUUUUGCCCAGAGACAUGUGUCUGGAAAGGGGAAGGUUCUUUUGAAUGUGCUGGUUUUAACGCAGGAGCUGUUGGAAUAGAAGAUAAAAUCUACAUCCUUGGAGGUGAUUAUGCUCCUGAUGAAAUCACCGAUGAAGUACAGGUCUACCAUAGCAGUAGGUCUGAAUGGGAGGAGGUCUCAUCCAUGCCAAGAGCCUUAACCGAGUUCUAUUGUCAGGUGAUUCAGUUUAAUAAAUAUAGGGAUCCGUGGCUGUCUUCAAUUGCAGUGUGAUACAGAGUAUAAAUUAUAAGCAGCCAGCACAAGUUUUAAAGAUCGAUUUAUUUUUAAUUUGAGUGAAACUGCAAAUUAGGGGAGCAACCCACUAAGCACUUUUCCCAAUCAAUCUUCAUUCAUUUCAAUGUUUGUUUGUUUAGGUUGCUUUGAGAUUCUUGUAUGCUGCUCUUCAGUAAAUAUUUCCAGAGCAAUUAACAAUAUAAUAAAGGAGAGCUGGCUAGAUUGCA